CUCGCGCAGCUCUGGUCGUCGCUCUCCGUGUCCGUGUGCCCGUUUCCGUGUCCGUGUGCCUGUGCGAAAAGAAGGGGGGAAAAGCUACCACAGAGAGGGAGAGAAAGCAUUCCUACUAGCUUCACGUGCCUGCAGAUAAACAAAGCAAUCGAAAUACCACAGAGUAUAGCGACGGAAAAAUAGUGCUUUGCUUUCAUUUUUUGUGCAUAUCGGUAGAGUUGUAACUACAGACCAACUUAACUCUCCAACCCCCCCACAACAACAACACCUAGAACUCUUUACGGUCCCACGAUGUCGCUGCUCACGGGCAACAGCCACUCGCUCUCCGAGGAGGAACUCGACGAAUACUCCGAUGGCACCGUCAAAUUGCGCAACUCAAACAUCGAGCUCAUGGACCAGGACAUCCUCUAUCACCUGGCACUGGGCAGCGAGAGCCACGACCUGCAGGAGAUGUUUGGCGACGUUAAGUUUGUUUGCAUGGGUGGAACACCAAAGCGCAUGGAGAACUUUGCCCACUUCAUCAUGAACGAAAUAGGCUACAAGCUGCCUGCUGGAACUCAGCUCCAGGACAUCAGUGCCUACUCAUACCGCUACUCAAUGUACAAGGUUGGCCCCGUGCUCUGCGUCAGUCACGGCAUGGGCACACCCUCGGUCAGCAUCCUUAUGCACGAGAUGAUCAAGCUGAUGUACCAUGCCAAGUGCAAGGACCCCGUCUUUAUCAGGAUCGGCACCUGCGGUGGCGUAGGCGUGGAGGGCGGCACUGUCAUCAUCACCGAGGACGCUCUGGAUGGCCAGCUACGUAAUUCCCAUGAAUUUACCAUUCUGGGCGAAACCAUUCACCGUCCUGCCAAGCUGGACAAGAAGCUAGCCCGCGAGCUGAAAGCCCUGGCCACAGCCGACGAUCCGUAUGAUACCAUUAUUGGCAAGACACUCUGCACGAAUGAUUUCUACGAGGGCCAAGGACGAUUAGACGGUGCCUUCUGCGAGUUCAGCGAGAACGACAAGAUGGCCUAUCUGGAGAAGCUGCGCGACAAUGGAGUGGUCAACAUCGAGAUGGAGAGCACCAUUUUCGCGGCCCUGACUCACCAUGCCGGCAUCAAGGCUGCGGUGGUGUGCGUGGCUUUGCUGAAUCGCCUUAACGGCGACCAGGUCAACGCCCCCAAGGAGGUCAUGCACGAGUGGCAGCAGCGUCCCCAAAUCCUUGUGGCGCGAUAUAUUCGCAAGGUGCUAUCGCACAAUGGCCAGCUGAAGUCGCUCUUCGGUCACCAGGGCUCCAUCAAGUCCCCCAGGCGCUUCAAGCUCGUCCAGCAGGAGUCCCAGGCCCACGAGUAAUCGGGAGUUCGAGGGGAUCCAAGAGUUUCGUUUAAAGUUACCUUCUUACUCUAUAUAUAUAUGUGCGCAUCUCUCCAGUAUACAACGGUGUUUCAACAUUCCCUAGUUUAGCUCUGAUUAAGUUCCUAGCUUUAUUUCUGUGUAUAUCGCCCUCUCAACCUCAUAAGAUAAUUUAAACCCCAGCAUAUUGUAUGUAUAUUCAUUGAGCUGCUUAAUGCUGAUCUAUUGUUACCACAAAUCUAAUAUAUAUAAAAAUAGCAUCACCGCGUGUGGCGUUCAAAGGUUAUCAGAAAUAAAGGCUUUUGAGAUCACCAGAUGGUUUGUGGAAAAAACAAGCCUAUAAAACACGAAUCAUAUAUUUAAACGAAAUAUAAUUGUUAAUUGUUAUGUUGCAUAUUUUGAAUGGGGCUAAGCGAGCAGGAAGUUUAACAAUAAUAAACACACUUAACUAUAACAAUUAAUACUAAA